UUUCCGUAGUUGGCGGAUUUGGCGCGAGCCUCACCACUUCCGGGUUGUCGAUUUGUGGAUCUGUGUGUGAAGGACGCGCCAACAUGGCUCUCAACCCUCUCACUUCCACGCUGGCUCUCACUCUGCCCAUAUCGUGUCAGAUAUGCCUCGGAAAGGUGAGACAGCCGGUCAUAUGCGGCAACCACCACGUGUUCUGCUCCUCCUGCAUGGAGAUGUGGUUAAAGAAAGCCAGCCAGUGUCCGACGUGCAGAGUCCCCAUAACCACGGAGACCCCCUGCCGGGAAAUCAUCGGAGGUACAAAUGAUCACACUGAGAGCCCAUCCGUGAGAAAAUGUCUCAGGAAAACAAGGGGAGAGCUUCUUCUUCGCGAGUAUGAGGAAGAAAUCGAAGGUCUCAUUAGAGACAACGAGGAUCUGAAAAGCAAAAAUCAAAGUCUGGAACUGCAGCUGAGAAGCGCUCUGGAUCCUUGCAGUAUUAACUCUGUGCAAGCAGACGACAGAAGACUGGAGCCUGCCGUCACGGAGGAGUGGGCCAACCGCCUGCAAACUGCCAAAGAUGUUUGUGAUCAAGUGAAACAGGACCUGGACAAGCUUAAGGAGGCAAAUAAAGCCUUACGAUCUCAGAAUGUUGACCUGGUACAAGAGAACAUGAGACUGAAAGCCGAGGUGGUCAACAGGUCUCCACAAAAGUUUGGUCGUUACACCGUCGCUGCCCUGGAAGCAAAAAUCCAGCAGUAUCAGCGAGACGUGGAGCAGCUGAAGAAGGCUCUGGAACGCAGUGAUCAGUACAUCGAAGAACUGGAGGGUCGGGUCACGAUGUCUGAAAAGAGAUGCCCAGAGAUGCAGGAGUCUGGUAAAAAGACCAAAGCUGCACCAGAAUCCCUGAGUCAGCAACAAAAGAUCAACAUGAUGAUCAGAAGCCUGAGUGACAACGAACGAGGUUCCAUCUGCAGCAAUCCCGAAGGAGACGCUCUGACGUUCUCGCGGUCUCACAGUUUGAUGUUCUCGUCCUGCGGGGACCUCAAGGACUCUCCCAAGACUCUGUGCAUCCUCUCCAAUAAGAGCGAGGACUUGGACGCCACCUCGGACUUCUUGCCCGCCACUCCGUCCUCCGCCUUCCGCUCCCUGACUCUGAGGAGUCCAGGAGUGCGCGAGAAGAGAGUCGCCUUCAAACCUGUGGCCCAUUUCAGGAAGCUCGAUUUCGAUGGCGUUCCCAGUCCUGCGAAGAGCGCCGCGGAGGAGCAGUCCCACAACGAGGACAAGUUCACCAAUGGUUUGUCCCCCAACGCAGACAUGGAUCCCAUAAAGACUGUUUUUUGGGGGACUUGGAACUGCUCCAAGUCCAACGACCAAUCCUCUCCAGGUCCAAGUUCUGAAGGCUUAGUUUCUGACUCCAUGUCUGAGACUGUCGGCGUCGAAGAACCCGACAGUUUCCAGAAGUCCAGUGAAGCCUCCAUGGAUGCCGCUUAUCUGGACAAAAUCUCAGAGUUGGACUCCAUGAUGCUGGACGGAGAGAGCUCCAGUAGCCGGGGGUCUCAGCUCUCCUUGGCACCUUCCCCUUCUGCCGACUUGGACCUCACUCUGGUGCCAGAACCGCAACCCAGCCCCGGUGUGGUUGCGGUCGGGAACAGCGAGGCCCCCGGAGGAGAAGAUCCUCCAUCCCUGCCGACAGCUGUGGAGGAGAGCAGAGAGCCGGGUCAUGUGGAGCACACGGAAACUUCUCACACUGAAGACCUCUCCUUUGAUUUGCUCUUUGACGCCCUGGAAGAGACCAAGGCGAGUCUCUUUGGUUCGGUCGGCCAGGACCAGGACAGCCCGUGUCCCCCUGUGACCACGUCGAGCGACAGACUGACCACCAGCCAGCCCACCAAACGGAAGUCUCACAGUCCCUUCAACACAAAAAGUCCCACCAAGCUUUCAAAGCUCAUGUGAAGGUUCCCAGAAACACCAGCUCGACUUUUUCUACCUUUACAAAAAAAAAAAAAAAUCAUCCUAUCCACCCUGUAAUGCACGUUGAAUAGAUUUUUUUAAGAAGUCUGAUAGUAAAGUUGAAUUGUUCGUGUUUUGUGUCUCUUCUGUCCUAGUCCAACUUUCUUGUGUGCUAGAAACUGAUGCUCUUCUAAAAAAAGAUGAUGUAGUGUGUUGGAAAUGAAUUAAAAUGAUCUCGCAAUAAGAA